AUGAGAAAUGUUACUGCAGGGACUGCAUUCUCUACUGCAGAAACAAAUGUGGGUGAUGUGUUACUCCAAGCCCAAGAGGUAGAAUUCAAGCCCAAGAGAAUUGAACAAGUUCACUUGAAUAGAAAAGAUGGCAAAGCCAAAAUGCUUGGAAUUCUGGCUUCUGUUGCAGGAGCCUCAAUCAUAACCCUUUACAAGGGACCAACUAUUUAUGGACCUCCAAUUCCUUCACCUUUAGGCCAAUCCCAUAUGCUCCUCUCCUGGAUUGUCCUACAAGGACCUGUUUUGAAGAAGUAUCCAGCUCGCCUCUCGGUCACCUCAUUUACUCUCUUCUUCGGAAUUCUGCAAUUUUUAGCCAUUGUGGCAUAUGUAGAGAGAGACUCUCAUGACUGGCAGAUCCAUUCCGGCAGUGAAGUCUUGGCCAUCCUCUAUGCGGGAGUGGUGGCUUCAGCAAUGUCUUAUGCAAUACAGCUAUGGGCGAUUGACAAGGGAGGACCCAUGUGA